GUUGUCAUCAACAAAUAAAGUUGCAGAUGAAAGGUGCAGAGAUGGACUGUAUUUUGUCCGCUAAGAUUACACUUUAAUACAGAUGAGUUGACUGUUAUCCUCAAACAAUGGACCUAACACUGUCUGAUACCAUAUCCAUGUGGACGCCAACUGGCACAUAUGAGAUACAGUUGCUCUAUGGUGACAUAACAAAACUCCGACAGGAGGAUUCUGUCAACCUGAUCAUGGUGUCUGCAUUUCCUGGUGACUAUGCUCCAAUGAGAGGAACGGUAAUCGGGGCACUGAAGACUGAACUGGGUAUGAAUGUGCAUCAAUUGAGUAGGUCUAUGGAGUUAGACUUGAGAAGACAAUUCCACUGCUGGCUUUCACAGCCCUUGGAGGGACACCUUCCCUACAAACGACUUCUCUGUUUUGAAAGAACGAGGGGAGAUUGCACAAUAGUAGAAGAUAUCCGUCAGAUGUUUCGUGUGUUUGUACCAGUAUUCAACAACAAAGAGACUACAGUAAUCACACCACUACUUGCCACAGGCCAUCAGAAUAAAAGUCCUGAGCAUGUGCUGUCAGUCAUGCUUCACUGUGCUGCUCAAUGGAUUAUGGCAGGUCUGCCACUCAAGUGCUUCAAGAUUGUCAUCUAUGGUUCACAAAACAAAUCCAUGUCUGAGAUUUUCUCCAAAAUAAAGGAUACUUAUACAAAAUUAAGUAAAAAGAGAAUGGAAAAAAGUCUAAACCUACAGACAUUUGAUAUUUUCAUCAUGUUCCAAGAUGCGGAUAAACAUUGGUGUAAGAAAAUUGAGAAAACUCUCAGGAAGAAGAAAUCUGAUAUAAAGAUUUGCGCUGAUGUACAAAUAUUUAAGGAGGAUGAAGUGUGGCAAGAUCAAAUCUUUCAGAAAAUGUCCUCAUGUUUGAAAAUCAUUGUUGUGCUGACCCCACUGUUUGUGAACAGCUCGGAGUGUUUAGAGCAGUUUAACAUGGCUAUGUGCUGUAACCGUUUGAGGAAGGGGAACAUUCUGCAGCCUUUCUAUGUUCUAACAGUGGAAUCCAUGCCUGUCUACAUCACUCUAGUUCAGUACCAAGAUUGUCGAGUGCGUAAAGAAGCUGACAGUAUAGAAACCAAGAUCCAGGAUGCCUGUUCCAUGUUAGUUGAGAGGUUGUCUGGCCAAGAGGAAGAGAUGGACGAAGUCAAGAACAAUAUCCUGGACCUACCUGGCCCUGCUAGGACCAAGCAGUACGACAUCUUUAUUUCCUACUCGCACAAAAACCCUGACCAGGCUGGAGAUUUACUAAAGGAGCUGUUAGGGGCCAAACCUGAACCUAAGAUCUUCUACGACCGAAGUGAACUGACCAUGGGGAGUAUGUGGCAGAAGACCCUGUAUGAUUCGGUGGAUGGGGCGCGGUGCGUUAUUGCCCUCGUGUCCCAGACCUAUGUAUCUUCUCUGAUUUGUCAGGAGGAGUACAACAUCGCCCUACUGCGACAUCUCAUUGAUCCAACUAAGAUCCUGUUUUUACCAGUUUGUAUAGAAGAUCUGUCGUCAACCCCCCAUGCAGGAUUCUGUAAAGUCGACAUGGUGGAUGGUAGGGGAGACAACUUUGCUGGUGCUGUGGAUUUUAUCUUAAAGAUGGUUAUAAACUGGCUUCAAACUGGAGAAAAGGGGCACUUCAAUGUGUUGGAGAAGGAAUUAAAAGGUGUAAACUACAAAGACAUUUUCGAGACGAUAAGAACCAGAUAUGUGGCAACCAACUACAAAUUACACGUAAAGGAUUUCACAAUUUAUCGUAAAAGUGCUCUGCCAGAAGUGAAAGCCAGCCCUGAGGACCAAGACAAGCAAGAAUGUGAUGUGGCCAUUGGCUUUGCUGGUGAUGCGACUUACUGUGCCAUGGUUUUGAACCAUGUACUAGAUAACCUUCAUCCCGAACUGAAGGUCAGAUUUCUGUGGGAACGAAACAAGUCACUUCUCCAAGACAUUGACACGGCUCGUGCAAUUGUACUCUUCCUAUCAGAGGAGUUUGUUAGUUCAGAAGAACACAUGCAGAAUCUCCACCUGGCUCUCUGUCGCCAGCGACUACUGAAGGGUAGACGUGUUGUACACUUUGUCCAGACUAUGGACCUGCCUGGUGAACACAGCUUUCUGAAACUUCUUCCCAUGGCAGCAAAUUUCAAGGACAGAAUUUGGUAUGACUAUGUCAAAAACAGGGGUGGUGACAAAGCAGACAAGAUGAGGAAGUAUGUCAUUUCAAAGGUGGUUGACAUGAGUGGGACCUUCUCCUGUAGCUACAACGAUUAUCUCGCUAUGGUCAAGGUUGCAGAUGAUGUGAUGGACGAAAUAUUACGAACAGAUAAAGAGGAGGCAUCAGAGCAGGCAGAACCAAUGCUUCUGAACCUCCUUAAGGUGAAACAGGAGCUACAGGAGGAUACAGACAGCACAGACAUACAUCUCAUCAAGGUGAAUGAAUUAGUCCUAGAGACAAAGGAGGGUCAGUCUAGUCAGGAAAUACAGAAUCAAAAAGGCUCCGAAACAACAGGAAAUAACCCUGCCACAACUACAGGGAUUGUCUCAAAACCAACAGAGGAUAAGUCUGCCACAACAGGCACUGUCUCAAAACCAACAGAGAAUAAGAGUGCCACAACAGGGACUGACUCAAAACCAACAGAGGAUAAAACUGCCACAACAGGGACUGUCUCUAAACCAACAGAGGAUAAGUCUGCCACAACAGGGACAGUCUCAAAACCAACAGAGGAAAACUCGACUACAACAGAGACUGCCUCAAAACCAACAGAGGAUAAAACUGCCACAACAGGGACUGUCUCAAAACCAACAGAGGAUAAGUCUGUCACAACAACAGAGACAGUUCCAAAACCAACAGAUGUUGUGACCAGCAAAGUAACAGAGGAACAAUCUGUUCAUUCAAAACCUGGGCCUGUGGAACCUGACCAUUCUAAACCAAAUGGAGGUCCCACCACAGAAACCCAAAGAAGCUCUGAAUCCAAAAACAACACAGUCUUGACACCAGAAAAAUCUGAAACCCACACUGUACAAGAUAAACCAAAAAUUGAAAAGACAGCAAACAACACAAAAACCUCCAAGUCAUGUCAGAUUUUGUGAAUGAUCCAUCAGUGUAAUGUGGUGUCAAACAGUGCUAAAAUUACCAAACGUUUUAUAUAACAUUUAAAAAGGGUAAAGUUCAGAUCACUGUUAACAGGUGUAAAUUUGUAUUACAAGAAGAAGGUGAAAACUUUGGAUUACCACACAAUAGGGAAUCAAGCAGAACAGCUUGGGAGAAGGUUCUUGGCUUGACAAGCUAAGGAUGGAGAACAUUUACAAAAGCGUGAGAUUUAUGGCCCACAAGCCAUGAUAUACGUUACGUUGUGAGUGAGUUAGGACAUCUCAGUGUGCGAGAUGUUUUCUCACACUGUAGGCAAUGUCAAUUGUGAGACAUGACAACCGUGAUAUUGGGUACUUGUCAACGGUUUGUGCCAUUGUCUGGCUUCUUCAGGUAGAGACUUUGGAUUAGGACUUUCACAGUAUGUGAACCAAUAAAAUGAUGACUUUCACUCCAUACGAACUAACAAAAUUGAUUUCCACUUUAUAUGAAAUUAUAAAAUGAUGAUUUUCUCUUUAUGUGAAGACAUUUCAAGCAAUGCUUUCCUUCAUCCUUAAAACGUUGUGCAAUUAUAUUCUAGAUUACAGUGUUAAGUAUAUCGUCUCUUAAUACAAUGGAAUCUAGUUUCUAAUCCAAGCGCUCAUUACCAAAAUAUUUCCUUGACAAAUGAUUAUAAUUUAUAAAUUCAUUAUUAAACAAAAAGUUUUCUAUACCAAUUUAUUUUCCUGCAAUCAAAAUAUUUUAAAAUAUUUAACCAAACAUUUCUUAUUCCCGACUCUUGGUGGAAAACAAAAUCUUUUCAUCUCACAUCAAAGUGAUACCUAUAUAGUAUACUUAUUUGUUAAAAGUGUAGCGAAACUGGACUGGGUCGAUUGUCGGCGACCAGGUAGCUCAAUGAGUAGAGCGUCUGUCUCGAGUUCAGAGGGUCCCGCGAUUUGAACCUCGGUCUGACCGACAUUUUUCUGCUCCUGUUAAAAAAGUUCCAAUCUAAAAUACAGUAUAAAACAUUGUGCAAAUUACCUUUCAUAAAAAAUAUGACAAUAAGUAUAGUUUGUUGGUAGAUAUUUGAGGAUGUCCUAUUCUAUUUCCUGUUAUCAUUUUUCAAAAAAUAGGUCACUGUAUAGCCACUUAGCUUAAAUUUGCUAUUUUUGAAAUAAGUCUAUAAAUGCAUUAAAUAUGAUAGGCCUUUAAUUAUGCUUCAAACAAACAGGAAAGCCUGUGAUGUCAUGAUACCAUAUCGAGGUUAUGACAUUUGACUUCACCAUCUGUGGACAGCUGUUGUAAAGUCAUAAAACCCUGACAAACCGUUUGUCUGGUUGGAAAGAUUGCUCAAUAAUUAGUUUCUACUUGUAACUGCAAGAUGUUUUUGAAUUAGAUCUUUGAACUAUACUCAAUAAACAUCCUUGCUUAUGUCAAAAAGAAAACAACUUGUACCUCUUUAUAUUUAUACAAAGCUUGAAGGAUAUAAUUUAGUAUAUCUAGUAACAUUUGACAUGACAUGCGCCAUGCUUCGACAUAUCAGCUGGGAUAUUUGUUAAUCAAUUAAAUAUAACUAAUAUCUGUCACACUGUGACGGAUAUUAUUUUUAAAAAAAAUGAUAUCCGUCACUUUGUGAAUAACACUUUGAUAUUGACCAAUCAGAACAGUACUUACUAUUCACUGCAUGUUCUGGUCAGAUCUUUGCUAUAUAUCCUAAAACAUUACGUAACUUAACUACGCAAUUGUUAAUGCUUUGUAAGCAAAUCUUAACAGAUUGAGCAUAAAAUGGUAUGAUAGUGUUGAGUAGCCAGCCUUUUCAAAAUGGACUAUGUAUGGUUUGGGCCUGUUUUGGCCCCCAAAUGCAUCAAAAUUCAAAACCUUUAAAUAAACUUUG